AUGGUUAUCGAAAUGAUUGCAGCCAUUGCGAAUGAAUAUUUCCCUGCUGUUCAAUAUGAUCAGUUAAGAUGGGACUCUAUCACCACUGCUUGGCCCACGGGACUGGUCACCGGUGGCUACGAUUCGCAUCAUGUACAGCUUCCACUCCGGGAAAUCCUGCCAGUCGCGCAGGUGCCUGGGCUAUCAUCAUCAUCGGAUCAAGCCAGUUAUCCAGACGGUUGGAAUCAUUAUCUUCCACAUUUACAGUCCCAAGUCAACUCCGGAGCACAAUCGCCUGGCACAGACAUAUUUCUCUACGGAUGGCCCGACCAGGCAGACGACACCAUCUGUGGCUGGGGCUCCAGCGAGCAGCAUACCCGGCGAGUCCGGAAGGAAUUCGCUGGACUACUCAAGACAUACCAGGUGGAAACGCUGAAUGAUGCCGGCUGCGGGGAUGUCGCGUGGAUGAGCAUGAUCGAUCUCCAGGGGGUCGACUAUGUCGGUUAUGAUCUAUACGAGCGAGCAAACUGGGCUGAGCUGCGACAACGUGGUUAUCAACUGAAUAUCCUGGAUAUCACCGCGAAUGAAUCGCGGCCGGCCGACCUGCUGAUUUGCCGUGAUGUUUUCAUCCAUUUGCCCAACGACAUGAUUCUUCCUGCGUUGGAGCGAUUCCGUCGCUCGGCCUCGCUGCUUCUCACCACGAGCUACACGAGCGACUCGAGGACAAGGCAAGGGGAAUUCUCCAACUUCCACCGCAUGAACGAGCCCAGCCUACGCCAUGCUAAGCUCGAUCUGACGCUCCCUCCGUUCAAUCUCGGCCAGCCGCUGGUUCGGAUCCCCGAGGAUGCGCCUAACAAAUAUCUCGGACUCUGGAACAUGAGUCGACUGCCAACUGGCCCGUAAGCGAUACUGAGGUGAGGACGGGAUGAGUUAUAUCGGUGAUAGUAAGGUAGGAAGACAAGCAUUUGUUCAUCUAGCCAAUAAUACAUAACCACUGGGCGAGUGUAGCCAAGAUCGCGUG